CCAUUCUUUAUUCAGGGAGGGAAUUACCUAUAGAUCCUAUAAUUACCUACAUAAUUGAUUAGGUAUCCGAGGCGAAGUAUUUUACUCCAUUCUAAAAGUUUAUGUGACUCAACAAGGUUGAUGCGCAUCUUGAUAGGAUCCCGGAAACUUUUCGGAGACUCUUCGCGAACUAAUAUUAUGUGCCCGACGCCCUAUUAAUAUCCCUUUUAUUCAAGAAGAGUAUAUUUAAAGGGCACAAUCCGCGACUGAAAUAUUGCCAGUAUCAUCAAUUUCACACCAGUUUCACGUCUUUCUACCCUCAAGUCUUUAGAAUACAAUCAGCAACAGUCACUUACAAUAUGGCCAGCAUAUUAUCUGAUAAGUCCUCGAUCAAGUCAUAUUUCCAGAACACUGCUUCCGAGUAUGAAAAGUAUGUGGGAAGUACCAGCUCGCGUCUAGCUGCCGCUGCACUAUCCCUCUUACCGCUGUCGAGCUACACUUCAUCAAGUCACAUCCUAGACUCUGCAUCGGGGCCAGGAAUAGUGACCAAGCUCAUAUUGUCACCUUCGCCAGAAGAUGUUGCGGUUCCGGGCCUACCAAUUUCGCCGCCACCGCGAGUAACUGGCAUUGAUUACGUCCCUGCCAUGAUCGAUAAUUUCAAGGCAAACAAAGCUUCGCUCAACUGGACCACUGCGGACGCGUUUGUGCAGGACUCCCAGGACCUUGGCCGUUUCAAGGAUGCAGAAUUCGAUGCUGUCGUCAUGAACUUAGGCAUGUUCACCCUCAACGAUCCGGUAGCCGGUGCGGCGGAGAUGUACCGCGUGCUCAAGCCCGGCGGUUAUGCUGUAAUUACCACAUGGAAGACGCGACGAGCGGUGGAUGUGCUCCAGGCAGUUGUGGAUACAAUCAAGCCGGAUGGUGGUCUAAGGCCUAUGUAUAUGCCCCCUGAGUGGCUAACGAAGGAGAAGCUCAUAAGCAUAAUGGAGAGUGGCGGGUUCCCUAGCGACCAUGUCAAGUCUUCUGAGUCCAGUCCCAAUUGGGAAUGUGGGUCUGGAGAAGGAGCCGUGAAGGCAUUGAGAUCGCCUAUGUGGACGACGAAGCUUUGGGAGGGAUGGAGUCCUGAAGAAAUUGGUCGGUGGGAUGACGAGGUACGAAAACAGUUGAGUGACGAAGAAAAGGAGACGGGGACGUUGGAGAUGUCUGCUUGGAUUGUUGUGGCCCACAAGGCAUGACGAGUUUGAUCAUGAAUUGGAAGUAAUUAGGUACUUAGCGACUGACAGCCGAUCAAAUCGAUAUCUUCAGUAGAGUUACACAAGGCAAGAAAGGUCCAGUAGGUAUGAAAUCAACCUCGCUUAUCCGGCAUUACGGAGGAAGAGAUUUGGAUCUUAG